GGGGGGGGGCCAAAAUGGCGGCGCCGCUGAGGGCUCCGCUGCUGAGGGCUCCGCUCUGCGCUCUGCUGUGCCUGGCGCUGGCGGCCGCCGCCCGGGGCAAGCCGAGCCCCGUGAAGGUGCUGUCGGACGGGAUGUGGCAGGAGCUGCUGCAGGACGAGUGGAUGGUGGAGUUCUACGCGCCCUGGUGUCCCGCCUGCGAGAACCUGCAGCCCGAGUGGGAGAAGUUCGCCGAGUGGGGAGAGGACCUGGGGGUGAACGUGGCCAAAGUGGAUGUCACGGAGCAGCCGGGGUUAAGUGGACGAUUUAUCAUCACAGCCCUCCCUACCAUCUAUCACUGCAAAGAUGGAGAGUUCAGGAGAUACCAGGGAUCAAGGACUAAAGCUGCCUUCAUUAACUUCAUCAGUGACAAGGAAUGGAAAUCCAUUGAACCAGUGUCCUCCUGGUUUGGUCCUUCCUCUUUCCUGAUGAGCAGCAUGUCAGCGUUGUUCAAGUUGUCCAUGUGGAUCAGGCAUGGCCAUGGCUAUUUAACAGAAAACCUCGGAAUACCAGUCUGGGGCUCCUAUGCUGUUUUUGGAUUGGCAACUCUGUUCUUAGGAAUGGUCCUGGGACUUAUGAUGGUGUUCCUGGCAGACUGCAUCUGUCCCUCCAAAAGGCACAAACUAUCACAGUUCCAGCCUCAGUCAAGUAAAAAAGGUCCAGAGUCAGCUCAUCUGCUGAAAAAUAGGUAUGAAGAGCAAGAAGGAGAUGAGGGAGAUAUCUCAGAUGAUGAAACAAAGGGGAAGGGGAGGAGCAAGAGAGACUCGUCACCAAGCGGUGUCCGGCAGCGUGCAGUGCCCAGUGCUGCUCCUCUGGAGAAUUCCUAGCUGCAUUUGCAUCAGGAUUAGUGUUUGAGUCAGCCACUCAAAGGGAGAUCAGUGUCAAAUCCUUCAGCUUGAAGAGAAGAAAUGACUCCUGGCUUGGUAAUGUUGCUGCAUUUCGUGAAUUUGGAGGAAAUAAUCAUGAAAAAAAAAAUUUAAAAAAAAAUUAAAAAGGCAUCAGGUAUUCCAAAGGAAAACUUGCUGUUGCAAAUGGCUGCAACUUCUCCUGUCUGUGUGCAGAGAAGUGCCAAGGAAUAAUUGCUGUGGCUUCUGGAAUGAUUUGUUCCCUCGGGUUUAUUUGGAAGAGAAUGGAAACCAGAGUCAUUCUUGAAUUAGGGAGCAUUAGCAAGGAAAAUGCACUCACCUGGCAUUGGGUGAAACCUCCCAAAAGGGUUCCUUGUUCUUAUACUGGUUUUCAGUAUAAACCUCUCUAGCUGUGCCCUGAAGAAAUGCUGAGGGAAAAAAAGUUCCUUUAGUUAUGGAACUAAAAUUCCUUUAGUUCAGGCUUUUUACAUGACAGAAACUGCUUUUUGCUAUGACAAUGAGUGCUACAAAACCCCCCCAAACUUUUUUUCUUACAAAGAGCUGAUGGAAUUUAGCACAAACACUCUGCAGAAGGAUCCUCUGGCUGACCAGAACCCUGCUGCCUGCAUCGAUUUCUUCCACAAAAAGCUGUAGAAAACUCAGUGAGCUUCUUGGCAAAGUAGUUUUUCUCUAGGAACAAGUGACAAGCAGCACCUUGAAGUCUUGUCUGUGUCAGUGACUCCACGUGGGAAUAGUUUACACACAGGUUUCUCUGUGCAAAUCCUCUCCAUUCCUCCUCCUGGAUGCCAGCAGGACUCUGCUUGCUUUUAAUCCAUCAUUUCUUACUCAAAUCUUGCUGCAAAUCCAUGCAGGCUGUCCUUGGCCUGAAGCUAAAAUAACUCUAUUUCUAUAUUAUUUUCCCCCCUGUUUUCACAAAAUCAUUUUGGAACAUUAAACCUGGAUUUUUUUCUUAUUUUUUUUUUAUAAAAAAAUUAAUUUACUCCUGUCUGUAUGGUGUUUGUUUUCACUCUGUAUAGAAAUAAAAAGAAUGCACAUGCCCAUUGGACCAGUGUGGUAAAGAGUUUUCUAUAUUAUUUUAAUUAAAUUCCAAAGUUUUUGCAAGGGAAGGAUGAGCCUAAUACUGAGCACAUUUAGAUUUUUUUGACAAGCCUGUUUCUGAUAUUUUUGUUUGUUUAGCUUUGUGGGGUUUUAGCUUUUAUUUGUAGUUAUUUAGGUUAUUUUAGUGUUUAAUUUUUAUUUGUAGUUAUUUAGUGGUUUGUUUUUUUUUUUAACUGUUCAUCUGACUUCUUCCCUCUUUUUUUUUGUUUCUUUUCUCUACAUUGGUGCUCUGGAAUGACUUGACUGAAAUUCUGUGUGUUAGAAAGAUAAACUGAUGUUUGAAAGGGUCUUUUUGGCUAAAAUUUGAGUUUACCUGUCCUUUUUUAAAUCUAAAACCUCUCCUGGUGUUGGAAUGAAGACCAGUGUGUGCCAGAAUUGCCCUUAAGGUGUCGAUUUUGUGGAAUUGCCUUAAAUUCUCUAAAAGUUUCCAUCUCUCAGCCUUUGUCACUCGUAAUAAAGCAAUAAAUAAAUAAAUACUGAGGACAAGGAGUAGUGCUGUCAUUGAUCAGUGGUGUUUUUUCAGUUUGGAGAGGGCUUGAGAAGACAGAAACGUUGUAGGAAAAACAAUUGAAUUGUUUUCAGAGCUGAACUCUGCUCACUGCACUUGGGAUAUAUUGAAAUUUAGCUUCUCUAAGCUCAGAGGUUUCUAAUUUUUCAGUUCCAACCAAGCUUGGUGCAAUACAGAGAGGACACCCUGCUGACUUUUGGCUAACUUCUCAUUUAAAAAUGAAAAACAACCACCCAACCUUUCCCUUGUUGUGCUGAACUUGUGAGCUCCUGCUUGGACAAGAACUUCCAGCAUUAAUUUACUUUUUUUCUCUCUGCCUGCUGCUCAGUUCUCCGUGCACAGAUCCCAAACCUGCCUCGUAGGGAUGGCUGUUCCCAGCUGCUGGAAUCCUUGUAACUCCUGCUUGCAUUGCCCACAGGCAGCCUGUGCUGAUCUCUGCUAAUCUCACCCUUCAUAUUAUGGUUUUGUCCUGUGAGUAUUUCAGUUCUUUGGUUUAUUUUUUUUUGUUUUUAAAAAUCUCUGUUCCAAAGAUGUUCACCGAGGCUGAGCGAUGUAACCUGAGUGGAAGAGCCUGUCCUUUGUGUGUUUUGAUGUUGCUUGAAUAUCAAUUUUGUAAAAAAGCAGACUGCCCUUUCCAUUUCACCUGGACCAGGCCUGUUCCAUUCCAGAAAGAAUUAAUGACUUGUAACAAUAAUUUUAUUUUUUUCAGAGAAUCUUCGAGUAAAAAAAAUAACCACCAGCUUUGGAUUCCUGUGUUUGUGUCUUUUUGGGUUUUUUUGGUUUGGUCAGUUUCCUGCUGUUUAGUGAUGAAACAGCUGCUUCCAUGGAUGAAAAUUGUAACCCUGAAGCUAAAAUGUUAUUUUAAAAAAUCAGGUUUGAAUAAUAAUUCAAAGUAAAGCUGCUCUGAGUGAUUUUUUUCAGUCAA